UAGAGAUAUAUAUUAAGUUAUGUAUCAGCAUUCUGAUUAAAUUAAUGUUCUUCACUAGUUGUGGACGGUGCAUUGUCAAAUAGUUAAUAUUUUAGAUGCCACAUGUCAAUAGAUAGUACAAGUUGCCGACUUUUAUACCUCCAUCGACCAGGCGAUUAUAUAUGAGAGCUAGAAUCUUGAUUCUAUCAUCAGCUACAGCCAGACGAAUAGUUCAAAGCCCUUUAUAUGUACCAAAGAGACUAACCAUUGAGGUCAUUCAAGUCUAAGUGAAAAGAUACAUUUGUAGCAGCAAUGGGAAACUGGAUAAUCUAUCUCUCAAGUUGUGUUUCUUUGUGCUUUCUAUUGAUUCUCAUCAAGUUCUUAAACAAACUAUGGUGGACUCCAAUUCAGAUACAGUCUUUGAUGAGGUCACAAGGGAUAAAAGGCCCUCCUUACAGAUUCUUACAUGGAAGCACCAAAGAGAUCAUCAACAUGGUAAAAGGGGUAAUGAUCAGUCCCAUGGAGUUAUCGCAUCAUGUAUUUCCUAGGAUUCAGCCUCACAUUUAUUCAUGGAUGAGGCUAUACGGAAAGAACUUCUUAUACUGGAAUGGACCUCAAGCUCACUUGGUAGUUACUGAACCUGAGCUAGUUAAAGAAAUCCUAAACAACAAAGAUGGUGCCUAUCCAAAGCCAGAGACUGAAGGCUACUGGAAGAAGCUCUUAGGAAAUGGCCUGGUAUCAUCCAGUGGAGAGAAAUGGGUUAAGCAUCGAAAACUAGCCAACUAUGCUUUCCAUGCAGAGAGCUUGAAAGGUAUGAUUCCAGCAAUGAUUUCAAGUGUGGGGAUGAUGCUAGAAAGAUGGAGAAAACAAAAAGUCAAGGAAAUCGAGUUAUUCCAUGAAUUCAAGGUUUUAACAUCAGAAAUAAUUUCGAGGACAGCUUUUGGAAGUAGUUGCUUGGAAGGUGAAAACAUAUUUGAUAUGCUGACAAAGAUGGCUCUCAUCGUUUCCAGAAAUACUUAUAAAAUUAGAAUUCCUGGCAUCAGAAAGUUGGUGAAAAUAGAUGAUGAUAUUGAAUCAGACAAACUUGAACAAGGGAUAAGAAACUCCAUUACUCAGAUGAUAAGGAAAAGAGAGGUGACAGUAACAGGAGAAUCAGACAGCUCUAAUGACUUUCUUGGUUUACUUAUGAAGGCUUAUCAUGAUACUGAUAAAACAAAAUCCAUAUCAGUGGAUGAUUUGAUUGAUGAAUGCAAGACAUUUUACUUUGCUGGACAUGAAACGACGACGAGCUCACUCACCUGGACCCUUUUUCUUCUGGCAAUGCACACAGAAUGGCAGGACAAAGCAAGAAUGGAGGUGCUUGACUUGAUUGGCCAACAAAAUCCGACACUAGAUAGCAUCUCGAAGCUGAAGACUAUCAACAUGAUUGUUCAUGAAUCUUUAAGGUUAUACCCUCCUGUUUGUCACGUUCCAAGGACCGUUAAUAGGGAGGUCAGGCUAGGAAAUGUUACUCUACCAGAAGAUGUUAAAUUGAUCAUUUCAAAUCUAGCACUUCACCAUGACCCUGAGAUAUGGGGUGAAGAUGCUCACCUCUUCAAACCAGAGAGAUUUGCAGUAGGGGUUUCUAAAGCUACCAAAACUAACGCUGCUACAUGUUAUCUUCCAUUUGGUUUGGGACCCCGAAAUUGUGUAGGCUCAAAUUUUGCCAACACAGAAAUAAAGAUUGUGCUCUCAAUGAUUCUGCAACGCUACAAAUUCAUUCUCUCCCCAACAUACAUCCACUCGCCAACUGUACGCAUCACAUUGUAUCCGCAACAUGGUGUGAAAAUAAUGAUGAAAGAAAUAUAAACCAGAAUCUGUACUCU